AUGAAGUGUCAGUCGAUGAAGAGCAUCGGCGUAGCUCAAGCUGUCUUCAAUAACGACUGGACAAAUGCACACACACAUUAUCAACAGAUGUUGGUGUUAGUAGUGGCGCGCGCCCAAAAACCGGCAAUACUAAAGGCAACAAGCUUUGUACACGUUUCACGUGGCACAAUGACUGAUAUAAUGCAAAUUUCAUAUAAAUUCUUCACUCUCAUUCGAACAAUGUACAGCAAUUAAAAUGCCUGCCGGCAUUCGCGCACGACAGCUGAACUUAUUUUCGUUACAUGUUGCCACUUUUUUUUGGGGAUAUUGUUUUUGCUGUUAAUAUUGCGGUUGUUGUUAUAUACCCGUACAUAAAUGCUGGCUACACAGUUGGCCGCUUGACAAAUUGCAAUUGCAAUGUGCAUUCGAUUCAUGUGGAUUUUUAACCGGCUUACAUAUGCAAAUUUAAUGAAAUUUUAAUUAAAGUCAACCGUGACUGAGGUGUGCACAAAAUAUCUAAAUUAUGAACUGUAA